AUGUCAGCUUCAUCACCAGUAGCAGCAAUUCGAAUGUCACAAAGCUUAUUGCGCCGUACAUGUACCUCAAACAGCAGCACUUUGGCAACAACAGCAGGACGACGACACUACAUUGGCACUCCCCUCCCUUCCAUGCCAAUGAAGGCAGGCACCAAGAUGGAUAGUUUGGCCAUUUUCAAAGGACAAGAUCCACCAGUUGUCAAGGAGCGAGACGAAUAUCCAGAAUGGGUUGGCAAACUUGCCAAGCCGUUGCCGAGUCUGGCCAAGUUACGUCGCAUACCGAACGAAGAAGCAGACGAGAAGGAAGUAUUGAGGUUCUUGAAGUUGAAUCGGCGAAUUCGCAUGAGAGCUAACAACGAAGAAAGUUCCAUCUAA